CAAGUGUUGUCGUAUCUGUUCUCAAUAACAUCUUUUUGCCUCACUCGUUUUUGACAGGCAUUCAGCCAGAUGAAUGUGUAAACAGAUGGGAAGGGCAGGAGCUGAGAGGCGGUCUAAGGUGAGAGGCUUGAGUUUCACGAGCUUCCGAAGUGUUAUAAUGGAGCCUUUGAGUUCAUUGAUCAGUCAGAGAGAUUGGCUGUGAGGGAAACUUAUCAGAUCUUUAAUUCCAAGCACUUUCUAAAGCAUGAACGCGCAUCCUCUGGACGCGCAGGUGCCGCUUUGUUUCCUGAACUUGAACUUUCAAGUACUUUUCUAGUGCGUGAUUUGCAUUGUUCGACAUGGAGGAGCUGAAAGCACCCGUACGUUUUUUUCACAAGUCUUCCUUCAGCAUCAGCAGCCUUCUGCUCCGACACGAGCGGGUGAUGAGCGACCGUGGUGGCGCGCCGGGCGCACCGCGCGUCCGGGCCGCAAAGACGCCAACCCGCUCCCAUCAGUCGGGUGGAGAUAAUGGAAAAUAUUCCGAUUUAGGUGUCACUCCAGAGCUUAAUAAAACGACCCGAUGCGAUCCAAAGGAAAAUGGUCAAACGGAGCCCAAGGGUGUUGGAGAGACCGAGUGUGAAGUAGUAGCAAAUGAAAAGGACAAGAAGAACAAACCCGAAAAACCCCCGUUUAGUUACAACGCGCUUAUCAUGAUGGCCAUCCGCCAGUCCCCGGAGCGACGGCUCACCCUCAACGGCAUCUAUGAGUUCAUCAUGAGUAACUUCCCGUACUACCGAGAGAACAGACAGGGCUGGCAAAACUCCAUCCGACACAACCUGAGCCUCAACAAGUGCUUCGUGAAGGUCCCGAGACAUUACGACGACCCGGGAAAGGGUAACUACUGGAUGCUGGACCCCUCCAGUGAUGAUGUGUUUAUAGGCGGAACAACGGGUAAACUCAGGCGCCGGUCAACAGCUGCGUCCCGGGCCAAACUGGCCAUGAAGAGAGGCGCGCGGCUGUCCUCCACCACGGCCACGGGUUUGGCGUUUGCAGGCUCGUUUUAUUGGCCCGUUUCGCCCUUUAUGACCCUCCAGCAUCCUCACCCUAACCCAGCAUCAACACCUUACAUUGGAGCUCACCAGAACAAUUACGCAGGCUCUGUUUUGUCUCAGAGUGCGCAUCACUAUAGCACAGGUGCUGAAAGACUUCUGCAGUCGGGUCAAGAGGCUGCUUAUUAUGGGAUGGGCGGUGAACACCGCCGGCACCAUCACCAGAUGAAAUCCACUUUCACAGCAUCUGCCUCUGUCCCUCUGUCUCUCUCUUCUCCGCGCUCUUUUAAUUUACUCUCCAAUCAGUCCAGUUACUUUUACUCUCAUCAGGUGCCUCACGCGCCUGGACUUUCCACGUGGCCGCAGGACGAAUCUUUUCUCGCUAAAACAUCUCCUUCUGGACAAUUUAUCAGCGGGAAUGAUUACAUUGCAGGACUAUGCACAGACAUUCCCAAUUAUUUCCCGCAUUUUAACACUGCCAGCUCCCUGUACUGAAUAGUUUGAUAGUUUGCUUAGCCUGUAAAUAGGCAAUCAGCUAUCAAAAUAUGAAUUUAUAGCUUAAUUUAUAGACCAGCGGUUUAGCAUUAUUUUAUUCAUCAUGGGUUGAAACAACUCCUAAUUUUUUAAAGUGAAUAUAUGCAGUAUCAGCUAGACAAUUUACAUAAAAUGUUCUUUUGUAAUGUUUUUUUUUUCUAUAUUAUUAUUAUUAUUAUAAACAAACAUGCUCAUUCAAGAUUUUUAUCCAUGAAUUAAUUUCUUGAGGGCCAAUUUUUUUCCGUUUUGUUUUACAGUGUCAAAUAUUCGUUUAGUAUAAAUCAAUUCUACAAAACCAGCUGACAAAACCAGACUUAAAAUCUUCCAGAUCUAGCCAAUGGAAAACACUCAUUGUUUUUUUCCGACCAUAUGUCUCCGUUGAUGAUGAAUAUAUGGGCAGCUGAGUUGGAUAAGAUGUAAUAAUGAAAAAAUAACUGCAUGAGUCUUUUUCAGAUGCUUUUCCAUGUGUCAGGUGUCUUCAUAACCUUCUGCAUUUAUAGUCAUUCAUUUAAUCUGUAUAAAUAAUGGUCAAAGGACUACAAAACACUAUUUAAUAAGAAAAUAAUUUCUUUCCAGAGCCUUCAGAACAUAGUCGGCAAUUUUUGCAUUGACAUGUAUUCACUAAAAUAAAAAUGAAAUAAAUGUUUUGAAGAGAAA